AACUUUUCAUUGGUCAUCCUGGAUUCUGCCAGCUCGGCACUCGCGUUUUUCAGCAGCCAGCUUUGGGUUGGAGGAGCUCUUGGGCCUGCAAACAUAUGCCACAAUGGGGACGAGGAACAGUGAGCAUCGCUAAGAUGGUGUGCUCAAUUGUCAACCUCAAUCGUUCUGCCAUGAUCCCAGACCAUGAACAGACGUCCUUCGCUGCUCCUCCACUAAGCUAGCCACCACAGCUCACGGCCAUUGGGGAAGAAAGCUAGAAAAAAAAAAGAACAAGAACAGAACGAGGACACUGGGAACAAAAAAAACUUGGGAAAUUGCUACGUGAUGGCGGUCACUUCGAGCAAACGCGUUGGUCGAAACAGCUUCAGCAUGAGGCGCACCAACGAUUGGGUCAUGUCGACUGACGUCCCGACGGAUAUCACGGUAGACAUCUGCGGAACCAGCUUUGCCCUCCACAAGUUCCCCCUGGUGUCGAGGAGCGGAAGGCUGCGAAAGCUCGUCGCGGAAGCCAGGGACUCGGACCUGUCCCGAGUCGAAUUCAAUGACAUCCCCGGCGGGCCGGAAGGAUUUGAAAUGGCUGCGAAGUUCUGCUACGGCAUCAACUUCGAGAUCACGGCGUCCAACGUUGCAAUCCUCCGGUGCGUAGCAGAGUAUCUGGAGAUGACGGACGACUUUGGCCAGGCAAAUCUCGCGUCCAGGAGCGAGGCCUUCAUCGAAGACGUGGUGAUGCACAGCUUCGGGAGCUCAAUCACGGUUCUCCACAGCUGCGAGAAGCUCCUUCCAAUGGCGGAGCAGCUCAACAUUGUCAACCGGUGUGUCCAAGCAGCAGGGGCCAAGGCCAGCCACGAGGCGCUCUCCCUCGCAGCUCGUCCAGAGUACCGCAAUGCCAAGACGCCUCCGCAGCUCGACUGGUGGGCCGAGGACCUCUCCAUUCUCAGCCUCGACUUCUACCAGAGGGUGCUGGCCGUGAUGAGAAGCCAGGGGAUGCCGCAGGAGAACCUGUGGGGGAGCCUCAUGCACUACGCGCAGCAGGCUCUGAAAGGAUUCAACAGCACCAGCAGCAAGAGCCCCGGAAGAUCGGUCACCGGACUGGAGCACGAGCAGCGGAUGCUCGUGGAGACCAUCGUCGGUUUGCUGCCACCGGACAAGAGAUCUGCGUCUUGCGGCUUCCUCUUCGGGCUCUUGCGGACGUCGAUCAUCCUGGACACCACGGUUGCCUGCCGACUAGAGCUGGAGAGGCGGAUCUCAUUGCAGCUGGACGAGGCGACGCUGGACGACCUGCUGAUACCAUCGUUCUCGUUCGCGGCCGAUACCCUCUUCGACACGGACCUCGUCCAUCGCCUGCUCUCGAGCUUCCUCCAGCACCAUCUCCAGGACGAGUCCAAGGCGUCGCAGAGCUCGCUGGCAAAGGUGGCGAAGUUGAUGGACAGCUAUUUGGCGGAAGUAGCGCCGGAUGCCAACCUCAAAGUCUCCAAGUUCAUCGCGCUGGCCGAGUUGCUGCCCGAGCACUCGAGGAUGGUCGAGGAUGGAUUGUAUAGAGCGGUGGAUAUCUUCCUCAAGGCCCAUCCUUUGCUCGUCGAGGCCGAUCGCAAGAGAAUCUGCAAGCUCAUGGAUCCCCAGCGCCUGUCCCAAGAGGCGUGCAGCCAUGCCGCGCAAAACGAGCGCUUGCCCGCGCACUUCAUCAUCCAGGUUCUCUACUUCGAGCAGCUGAGAAUCAAGACCGCGCUCGCAAACUAUGCCAUCGAGAUGCCCAAGGGCGAUCACGGCCCGACCCCCAUCGCCGCGGCGCUGCGAUCGUCCACGGCUGCUGCCAAUGCCGCUGCUGCCGCCGCUGCCGCCGCUGCCGAUGCGAAUCCCCAAUCCGCGCUGCGGAGGGAGAACAAGGAGCUCAAGAUCGAGCUUACCAGGAUGAAGAUCAGGCUAUCAGACUUGGAGAAGGAGCAGAGCCCGGGAGUAUCGAGGGCGAGUGAGGAGAAGAGGCUGAGCAGCCCGACGUCGUCCGCCGCUAGCUCGCCUGGAUCCGGCCGGUUCUUCCACACUGUGUCGCGGCGCCUUGGAAAGCUUAAUCCGUUUGGGAAGAGCUCGCUCAAGCCGCCGGCCACGCCCGAGCUCCAGAAGCCGCGGCGCCGCCGGCAUUCGAUCUCGUGACGCUCGAUCGAGAAGCUCUCGAUCGCUCCAGCAGAAGAAGAAAUCCAAUUUUUAGUCUCCAAGAA